CAAACAUCCGGCUUCCAGUGUCAUAUGACUCAGUGUCAUUUAAUACGGUCAGCUACCUGCAAGUCGACUCAAUACUGUAGCUCAAGUAGCGUGUUUCUUUUAUUUAAUUAUGGCAACAUUAGUGGGAAACAGGACAGUGGACAUGAACGGCCCAGCUGCGGCAAGGACACACACACAGGCUGUGACCAGAAACUACAUCUCACAGCCAAGGCUAACUUACUCUACUGUGUCUGGUGUCAACGGCCCUCUGGUGAUCCUGGAUAAUGUGAAGUUUCCCAGGUAUGCCGAGAUUGUGCACCUAACUUUACCUGAUGGCACCAGGAGGAGUGGCCAGGUGCUGGAGGUGAUUGGGACCAAGGCUGUUGUUCAGGUGUUUGAGGGGACAUCUGGUAUUGAUGCUAAGAAGACUGCCUGUGAAUUCACCGGUGACAUCUUGCGCACACCUGUGUCUGAGGACAUGCUGGGACGUGUUUUCAAUGGCUCAGGCAAGCCCAUUGACCGUGGACCCACUGUGUUGGCUGAAGACUACUUGGACAUCAUGGGCCAACCCAUCAAUCCUCAGUGCCGUAUCUACCCUGAGGAGAUGAUCCAGACGGGUAUCUCUGCCAUUGACGGGAUGAACAGCAUUGCCCGAGGACAGAAGAUCCCCAUCUUCUCCGCUGCUGGCCUGCCCCACAACGAGAUUGCUGCCCAGAUUUGCCGUCAGGCCGGCCUUGUGAAGAAAUCCAAGGAUGUGAUGGACUACAGCGACGAUAACUUUGCCAUCGUUUUUGCCGCCAUGGGGGUGAACAUGGAAACUGCCCGCUUCUUCAAGUCAGACUUUGAGGAGAAUGGAUCCAUGGACAAUGUUUGCCUGUUCUUGAACCUAGCCAAUGACCCCACUAUUGAGCGUAUCAUCACUCCUCGUCUGGCUCUGACCUCAGCUGAGUACCUGGCCUACCAGUGUGAGAAGCACGUCCUGGUCAUUCUGACUGACAUGAGCUCGUAUGCCGAGGCUCUGAGAGAGGUGUCAGCUGCCAGAGAGGAGGUCCCCGGCCGACGUGGUUUCCCUGGUUACAUGUACACCGAUCUGGCCACCAUCUAUGAGCGUGCCGGGAGAGUGGAAGGCAGGAACGGCUCCAUCACUCAGAUCCCUAUCCUGACCAUGCCCAACGACGAUAUCACCCAUCCUAUUCCUGAUUUGACUGGGUACAUCACUGAGGGACAGGUCUAUGUGGACAGACAGCUGCACAACAGACAGAUCUAUCCACCAAUCAAUGUGCUUCCCUCGCUGUCUCGUUUGAUGAAGUCUGCCAUCGGUGAAGGAAUGACUCGUAAAGACCAUGCUGAUGUCUCUAACCAGCUGUAUGCCUGCUAUGCUAUUGGUAAGGAUGUACAGGCCAUGAAGGCUGUAGUGGGAGAGGAGGCCCUCACCUCCGAUGAUCUGCUUUACCUGGAGUUCCUGCAGAAGUUUGAGAAGAACUUCAUUGCUCAGGGCCCCUAUGACAACAGGACCGUGUACGAGACCCUUGACAUCGGCUGGCAGCUGCUUCGAAUCUUCCCCAAAGAGAUGCUGAAGAGGAUUCCCCAGAGCACACUGGCUGAGUUUUACCCCAGGGAAUCCGCCACUCGUCACUGAGCGCCUCGGGCUGCUCUGUCUCCACCCUCACUCAUCUCCACCCCUGAGACCAGUAUUGUCUUUGUCAUUGUCCCUUUCCUCCAUCCACAAAGAGCAAUAAUCCCAGCUCCCCCCCCAUAGAUGGAUUGUACUGUACCUGUCUCCAUUAACGUGUACAAAUGGUGUCUGUGAUUGUCUACUCUGAGAUGUAAACAUCCCCUCAUUGAAUAAUGAGCCUGUUAUUUAUUCUGGUUAUACUUCUGGGUUUUGUCCAUGUUAUGUUGAUUUCCCAACGUAGACUAAAAUACACCUUGCAAAUAUAUAAAAGCUUCCUCUACGUUACAUCUCAAAGGGAAUUUUUGUCUGUUCUUUUUUACAUUUCAGUGGUCUGAUUCGUCCAGUGUUACUUUAUUAGUCACCCAUGAGAUAGCACUUCUUUAUUUCAAAUCAGGUGAAAUUGUGAACAAGAUCAAAAUUCUUACUUCAAUAAAUGCCUCGGAUAAUGAUUUAUUGUACAAAACAUCAUCAGUAGUUUGCACAUUGUUUAACUGUUAUAGGCUUGAGGUAAGGGUUUCUAUUGGACAAACUAUUGGGCCACUUGAAAUGUAUUUUUAUUCUAUGUCUAGACCUUUGUGUAGAUUGGCCCCUGUUGCUUGAUGUAAUUACUAUUGAAAGAUAAGGAUGUUUAUAUUAUGUUCUUGCUGUAUAUGUGUGUUAUGUGCUGUUAUAAGGAAAAAAACGACUUACCAUUCCCCUGUUUAAUUGUUAAUUCUAUAAAAAAAAUUGUUGCAGAAAUCGAAUCUGUUAUAUUGAUUGUUAAAUAAAUUAGAUUAAAACUAAUA